CAGCUGGUGCUUCUGUCCCUCGAGGAAGUAGGUGAAAGUUCCCCAGUGCAAAAGAGCAGCAGCUGAUCAUGCUCACUUCACAUGCUCCUUUACAUAUUCCGCUGGUGUAGGGCAGUGAUCGAUGGGCUGCGUAACACUGAAUGGAUGCUGCUGAGAUGCUGAGACAUGACCUGUCUACAUAAUGCAUGGAUAAUCGCAGCUAUGUGAUAUUUCUAACAUGGAAGUUGAGGCGCUCCACUCAGACAUCCAGAGUGACCCCCAGUCUGCUCCUAUGGGUGCAGGUGACAUGGAGGCUGUGGAGGCUCUGAUGGCCAUGACUAAUCACUGGAAAAUCAGGAGCUUAGGUCUCAGACACUUCAGACCCCUGACUCCAUCGUCGGACUGCUCAGAGGAUGACUCUGCCCCUCCAGAGUCCACUGUCACACAGGAAUCCCCUAUGUGUAUGACACCUCCAUACAGCCCACCCCACUGUGAGGCCACACAUCUACCCUCAGCUGCUACCUUACAUCAACCGGCAGUAUCUGAACGUCUCACUUGGCCGCCAGCAGAUGACGCUAAUCUGGUUGCACAUACUGCUGCUCCUCAGCAGAGUUUCCAAUGCACCAGUGUGAUCCGUCACACUGCUGAUGGCGAGCACUGCCGCCGCAGCGUCCAUCCUGACGGACUCACUGGAGUUCAUACUAAGGACUCCAAAAGACAUUUGAACUUUGAAGAUGGGCUGAACACCAGAGACUCAGAGAAGCUGAUUGUAAUGCAGACUGACUCACCCCAGAAGCCUUUAACUGUGACUUACCCGGAAGUGGGGAAGGAAAACCAGACUCAGAGGAGCCUUUUAGGCCCAGAUGAUAAAUCAAACAUACCUCAGUGUGUCUCUCCUGGUGUAAAUGGAGCCUCUCCUGUACCUGUCUACUGUCAAAUUCUUCCUGUCUCUUCUCUGUCUGCCACUGUUGUGCAAAAGCCUGUCACAGUUUUGGAGAGUCAACACCAACUACUGACACAACAACACACACUACAGAAGCCAAAAACCCACACUGCUUCUUCUGCCCGGGCCUUUAUUCUUGGGGGUCAGGUUGCACAAGGCCCGCUAAUGCUCCUUGUCCCUCAGCUGGCAGUUUCUGCUCUGUACGUUCAGCCAGCGCUGGUGACACCUGGUGGCAACAAGUUACCAGCCAUCGCGCCCGCACCUCGUCCUGCAUUGCUGCAGCAAAGACAAAGCCCGCUGCAGCCAGAGUUGUCCCGUGUACGAAGUCAUGCAUGUCCCCUAGAGGACUGCAGCAAGACCUACUUCAAGAGCUCCCACCUCAAGGCCCACAUGAGGACACACACAGGUGAGAAGCCCUUCAAAUGCAAAUGGCAGGGCUGUGAGAGGCGAUUCGCUCGCUCUGAUGAGCUGUCCCGCCACCGCCACGCCCACACGGGAGAGAAGAAGUUUGUCUGCCCCAUGUGCCUCAACCGCUUCAUGCGGAGUGACCACCUGACCAAGCACGCCCGGAGACACCUAGCAGCGAAGAAGACGCCUUGCUGGAGGUUAGGGGUCACCCAGGCUGCUGACCUCGCUCCUUCUAAUGAAGCCAACGAGUAAAGAUGGUGAAACUGUUUGUCUGGAUGUCAGAUGUUUUCUUUUUUAGGCUGGGUCACUAAGCACAGAGGAUUAUGGGCCUGGUUUGUACAUGUCUGAGCACUGCUAACUUAAAAGCAAAUUAAAUAGCAAUUAAAGUCUUUAAUGUUCCUAAUAAUUGUUGUUGAACAUGAACAAGGUAAAAUUUGACUGAUAACAUUUAACUUCCAACCACUGGGCUGCUUUUAACUGAGGAAUUACACUGAAGGAAUCAAUGUAAAUAGUUCUUAAAGCAAUCUUUCUUUCUUUUUUUUCACUUUUUCUCCCAAACCAAAUGUGUUGUAUGUUUACCUCACAGUGAUAUUUGAAUGUUGCAUGAGAAUUUCUUUGUUAAGAUGCAAUUUUGCACAAAGCUGUUUUU